AGAGAGGGAAAAGGGAAAAAAAAAAACAAAAAAAAAAAAGACCGUAAUUUCUGUUUGGGGGUAGGCUCGAAUAGGUGAUGUGGGAAGGGCGGGCUCCAGUUCGAAGGGUUCAGUCGAAGGAUUCCGAUCUCUGUCGUCGAUCCGAUUUGAAGAAACAGAGAGACAGUCUCAGAUGCGAGGAACUGGAGGACCUCUUCUAUGCAUAGGCGAUCUUCUGUGCGAUGUCGGAGAAGAAGAAGCCGGAGGAACAAAGGGAUCAAAUGAAACCCCCAAAUCAAUUCCAUCGCCAUCUUCUUCCUCUGCUUCUGUUUCCACUCUUUUCGACGUAUCUGAAUCCCCCGAUCUCCCCAAACUCUUCCAGGAAAAUUACGACCAAUUGAACAAAGUAUUCGAUGAUAAUGAUCAUUCCUGGACUGCUUUGACAUUGAAGAUGUGCAAUGCUCUUGAUACUGCUACUAAGUUGGUUGAAUCAACCAAUUCAAAUUCGAGAUUUUUGUUGGAGAAGAUUGUGGAGCUUGAACGUGUUUUGGAAAAGGGAGAUUCCACAAGAGAAGCAGCCAUGGCUAUCCAAACCAGUUAUAGCGAACAAGUUGCUCAUGACUCUAUUUCUCCUCGGAAUGAAGGUCCCCAUUUGUUACUUCUCACUGUUUAGAGCACCUGUCUCGAUUUGUAAGGGCAUUGAAAAACUUAUGAGAGACUUCCUUUAGGAAGGGGGGGAGGAACGAACAGGACCUCACUUGGUUAGUUGGGACAUUGUGGGGAAACCUGUGAAUCGGGGGGUUUAGAGAUCAGAAAUUUAAGGUUACGCAAAAAAGCCUUGUUGGCUAAAUGGCUUUUGGUGGUCCUCCUUUGAACCUGACUCCUCAUGGCGGAAAAUUAUUGUGAGCAAGCAUGGCCCUCACCCCUUUGAGUGGAUGGUGGAAGGGGUCAAAGACACAUUCCGAAAGCUGUAGAGAGAUAUUUCUUCUCAUCUCGGGCUUUUGUCCCAUCUUGUUUUCUGUGUUGUGGGAGAUGACAAGGAUACAUAUUUUUGGGAAGAACUUUGGGUGGGGGAUAAACCUCUUUCUUCUGCGUUCCCUUGAUCAUAUCAUUUGUCCUUAAAAAAUUGUAGGGUGUUGGAUUUUUUGGUUUGGGUGGGGAGCUGGAAUUCCUUCUCUUUUGGUUUCCGUCGGUCUUUGUUCAAUAGGGAAAUGACGGAGGUGACCUCUCUUCUUUCCUUGAUUGAGGAUUUUGACUUAGACUUGGGAGGAAGGAUGUGCAUGUGUGGAAUCCUUCCCCUAGGAGGGAUUCUCUUGCAAGUCUCUCUUUAGGGUUUUCUUGGAUCCUUUUCCUGUGGGUGAGUUAGUCUUUGAUGUUUUAUGGAGGAUUAAGAUUCCUAAGAAAGUUAAAGUUCUUUUCCUGGCAAGUUUUUCUUGGCCGUGUGAACAUGAUAGAAAGACUCUUGAGAAAGAUGCCUUAGCUUAUGGGUCCUUGUGUUGCAUCUUUUGUUGGAAGGCUGAGGAAAACCUUGAUCACCUUUUCUGGGAGUGUCAGUUCGCAAGAUCUGUGUGGAAUGAUUUUUUUCGUCAAAAGUUUGAUUUUGCGCUCGCUCGUCAGGAGGAUGUUCGUUUCUAAAUUGGGAAGUUCCUCCCCAUUCGUCUUUCAAAGAGAAAGGUUGUUUUCUUUGGCUUAUAGGGGUGUGUGCUCUUUUGCGGGAUCUUUGGAGGGAGUGGAAUAGCAGAGUGUUUCAUGGUAGGGAGAGACCCCCGUGAGGUUUGGUCCUUGGUGAAAUUUCAUGUUUGUUUGUAGGCUUUGGUUUCAAAGACUUUUGUAAUUAUUCCCUAUGAAAUAUUUCUCUUAGUUGAGCCAUUUCUCUAUGGGCUCUGUGACCAUGGUUUUUUGUAUGCCCUUGUAUUCUUUCAUUUUCACACUUUUCCCAAUUUGAAAAAGUAAGGCAUCG